GACGUCAUUUGAAGGUGGAAUUAGUACGUCUUUUUUCAUGUUUGCCCUCUUUUCUUGGACUGAAAUCAGAUCCUAGACUGCCAACACAAUUAUAUUUACCUAUGAUUAGUAUAUUAACCUUUCCAAUUGCAGUGGGCUUCAACCAGAUCUUCACCAACAAGUUUCCGGCAGACUUGAACGAGGACGCCGAUGUUCAAUUCCACGACGAGAUAAUUGCAAGUGGCAACCUAGGGCUAGCUUCCAAAAACGGAACGGUAUGCCGGAUGGUAGACUUCGGACCGCAAUAUCAGUGCAUGAUGCACAGGACCAAGUCGUUGGACUUUGGCAUAUUGGUCGAAGGCGAGGUCGAAAUGAUUUUGGACGAUGGUAGUGUGACUAAGAUGGCGCGCGGGGAUGUAGCAGUUCAACGAGCUACCAUGCACGCGUGGCGCAACCCGAGUACAACGAAUUGGGCGCGUAUGAUCUUUGUUCUGCAGGACACGAAGCCCCUAUUCAUCAACGGAAAGGAGUUUGGGGAGGACCUCGGAGUAGGCACUGAGGGCGUCAAGCCGAGCCAUAACGAUUAGAAUUGAUCGUUAUUCUUACUUACUUGACUGUCAAGAAAAGAGAUUCAAGUAACUUAGGCAGUAAAAUCAAAUAUAUCUUUCUUUAUAAUUAAUUAUUGUUUUCUUCCUCGUUUACUACCUGUUAACAAGCAGGUUGCUUAGGUGAAGGAGAGGAGGUACUACAUAGGUAUGGUAGGUAUUGAUA